AUGAUUAAACAACAACAACCACAACAACUUAAGACACAAAGCACCCAGGUCCUUCAAACCAUUACAUACGCCAUAUAUGCAUAUAAUUCAAAGACGGCAGAACAAACACAAAGGUUGAAAUAUGGAGAUUUGGAGAUAGUAUUGAAAAAUGACCAUUUCGAAUUCGUUUGCAAAGGUGGUGCAGUGAUAUCAAAUAUAAAAGAAAUUUUAUUUAUGAAUUCAAAAAUUAAAGGUAUAACGGAUGAUAUAACAUCAAUUCCACCAGAAGAACAAAGAUAUUACGCAUUAAAUGCAUUUCCCAAAGUUUUGAAGAUUGGAAGAUUUAAUUUAAAUGAGGAAUUCAUAAAAGGUUUCCUAAAUGACAUAAUGAAGAAAGCAGAUAAGGAAUAUGUGGCUAGUGAGUUAGAGAAGAAAGCAGAUAAGGAAUAUGUGGCUAGUGAGUUAGAGAAGAAAGCAGAUAAGGAAUAUGUUAAUGAAAAAUAUAAUGAAAUUAAAGAAAGGGUUGAAUGGUAUCAUGAAUGGACAUCGAAGAUUUUUAAAACUAAAGCUGAUACAGGAUGGGUUUCAGGAUGUUUAGACCUUAAAGCGGAUAAGGAAUAUGUGGCUAGUGAGUUAGAGAAGAAAGCAGAUAAGGAAUAUGUGGCUAGUGAGUUAGAGAAGAAAGCAGAUAAGGAAUAUGUUAAUGAAAAAUAUAAUGAAAUUAAAGAAAGGGUUGAAUGGUAUCAUGAAUGGACAUCGAAGAUUUUUAAAACUAAAGCUGAUACAGGAUGGGUUUCAGGAUGUUUAGACCUUAAAGCGGAUAAGGAAUAUGUGGCUAGUGAGUUAGAGAAGAAAGCAGAUAAGGAAUAUGUUAAUGAAAUAUACCAAAGUUUGAUAGGAACAACAAAAAUAUUGAAACUAUUGUUGGUGACUUUUCUGUCAAUGAAGAAAAUAAAUAUUUUAGAUGGCAGUUUGUACAGUCCUUAA